UAAAAUCAGAUCAAAUUCUAGCGACAUUGAUCAAGAUAAUCCAUUCUGGAGCUGUUAACAGUGGGAAUCCAUUUCUAUGUGACUGUGAUGGUGAAAGAUACUUCAAUGAUAAAAUAAAGAUAUUGAAAGAUAAUCUCUAAGGACUUAACACUGUGAAACUCGAUGAUGGAAUAAUUAUUUAUCUAACUAUACGACAAGCUUGUGAAAGAAUGGAUUCCAUAUCAGUUGUACUAGAUUAUGUAAACAGCAUAGAUAUUGACUCUUGGGUGCUGUGGGUUCUGUACCCCAUUCUGAUCACCUUUUUACUACCUUCAUUUAUCAUCCUCUUUCUAUACCUCUCUUCUCUUAUGCUGUUUAUAUACAAGCAGCGCAUGAAACUUAAAGCUGCAUAUGACCAUGAUUUCUGGGAUGGCGCAAGAAAAACCCUUGGUGCACUUUGGUGGGCACAAGCAAGAACAUGGCAUGGUUAUGAGGUGGAAGGCCUCCACCACAUCCCAGAAUCCGGGCCUGCAUUAAUUAUCUACUACCACGGCGUCCUCCCUGUUGACAUCUAUUAUGUCCUUACAACUGUUUUGCUAGAGAAGGGCCGACUAAUUCACUUGGUUGGUGAUAAGUUUUUAUUUCACAUUCCAGGUUGGCAGACGCUAAUGGAAGUGUUUAAUGUGACUCCUGGCACCGUGACCAGCUGUGUCGACCAGUUGAAAAAUGGACAUCUGCUGUGUAUAUCUCCAGGGGGUGUUAGAGAAGGACUUUUUAGUGAUGAAAACUAUGGCAUCAUGUGGAACAAAAGAUGUGGCUUUGCUAAAGUUGCCCUGCAGGCUAACGUGCCCAUAAUUCCAAUGUUUACAGUAAAUAUCAGAGAAGCUUUUAGAACACCCAACUGGGCCAGAGCAUGGUUCCGAGGCUUGUAUGAGAAGACCAGACUUCCGCUGGCGCCUGUCUAUGGAUUAUUCCCAGUUAAACUCAAAACAAUAUUUGGUGAGCCUAUCCUGGCAAACCCUAACUUCACUGCAGAGGAGCUUGCAGAAGCUGUGAAAAGUGCUUUGGAAUCUCUAAUUGCAACUCAUCAGAAGUGCCCUGGCAAUAUACUGCGCGCAUUGUUAGAAAGAAUUCCCUUCUUCAGAUGAAACGAUUUUGCUCCCAUUUCUGCUGUGUUCACUUAAGAGUUGCAUCAAUAUCCCAAAACAAAAAAUUUAAAAAUGCCAUUCAUUUUGUUUUUCAUUUGUAAAUAGCUCAACCAUAUUUAUUUCUUUUACAAAUACCCAGCUGAAUCUGUGAUAAUCAUCACAAAGCAAUUUAUUUCAAAUAAAAAAA